AUGGCUGCUGCAGCUACGAGUCCAGCUGCAGCAUCCACCGUAACUGCCACGGCUUCAGAAGCUGCAGCAGCAGCAGCCGCUGCAGCAGCCGCUUUGCUGCCUGGCCCAGGAGACUGCAGCAGCAGCAGCAAACAGAAAGCCCCAGAGGGUAGCACAGCCCUGGAAUGCACGACGCAUGCAGCAGCAGCACCCAGUGCAGCAGCAGCUGAGCAGCAGCUCUUGGGGGCCCCCCAGGGGCCCCCCGAUGGGACCCCCCAGGGGGCCCCCAAGGGGCCCCCCCCGCAGGGGCCCCCGCAGGGGCCCCCCCAGGGGGCCCCCCAGGGGGCCCCCCAGGCCACUGCAACCACAUAUGAAGCUAUGGCGCAGCAACCCAGAGGCCCCCAGGAGCUCAACACCCCACAGAGGCCCCUAGGGCCCCAGGGGCCCCAGGGGCCCCCAAACAUAGAGCAGCAGUGGAUUGAGGGGCAGCUGCCUCAGGGAGCCUACAGCAGCAGCAGCAGCAGCAGCAGCGGUGACUUCACGCAAGAGGCUGUGAACGGGAGCAGCAAAGUGUGGGGCCCCGAGUGCUGCGUUGCUGCUUCUCUGGGCAGUGGGGAGGAGUUUGCUGCACCGCGGCCCAUUGCUCCGUCUCUGGCUGCUCUUCUGGCAGACCUGGAGGGCGACGUCACUUUGCUGCGGCUGACCACAGCUGCUCUCUCUUGGAAAGAUCUCACAGAGCGAGGCCAGCGAGAAGCAGCACCAGCUCCGGGGGCCAUUCCGGAGCUGGGGGCCUACUGGCUUUGCAGGCAAGCAGCAGCAGCAGCAGCAGCAGCAGCAGCAGCAGGAGCGGAAGUGCUAGCAUUAGCAGCAGCAGCGGCAGUGCGGGCGCUAGCAGCAGCAGAACAACAGCAGCAACGAGAAGGGUAG